AAAUUCACCAUCAUCUCCCUGACACGCCAAGCAAAGUGUUUCUUUUUGCCUCAGUCUCGUUUCAACAGAUCUCACUCUGUUCGGCGGAGCAGAGCAGAGAGAACAUGGCGGUGAUGGCGGUUCAUCAGUUCGCACAAUGCAUCACUUGCCACGCAUGGAGCCCCGAUCAAUCCAUGGUCGCAUUAUGUCCAAACAAUAAUGAAGUGCACAUAUAUAGAUUAGUGGAAGACAAAUGGGAAAAGGUGCAUGUUCUUCAAAAGCAUGACCAGGUAGUUUCUGGGAUAGAUUGGAGUACGAGAUCAAAUAGAAUAGUCACUGCAUCACAUGAUCGAAAUUCAUAUGUCUGGAAUCUUGAAGGAUCAGAGUGGGUACCCACUCUUGUUAUCCUUAGGCUAAACCGUGCUGCUCUUUGUGUUCAGUGGAGUCCAAAAGAAAACAAAUUCGCGGUGGGAAGUGGAGCCAAAACUGUUUGUAUAUGCUAUUAUGAGCAGGAGAACAACUGGUGGGUCAGCAAACUUAUAAGGAAAAGACAUGACUCUUCAGUGACAAGUGUUUCAUGGCAUCCCAAUAAUAUUCUUCUUGCAACAACAUCCACGGAUGGGAAAUGCCGAGUAUUUUCCACCUUUAUAAAAGGCGUAGAUGCAAAGGAUUCAAUAAAGGGUACUUUAUCAGAUUCAAAAUUUGGAGAGUUAAUUGUUCAGCUUGAUCUCUCAUCAUCUUGGACAUUCGGAGUCAAGUGGUCACCAAGUGGCAAUACUCUAGCUUAUGUAGGUCAUAAUUCUAUGAUUUAUUUUGUUGAUGAUGUUGGUCCUUCUCCUCUGGCACAAAAUGUCGUGUUCCGUGAUUUGCCUCUCCGUGAUGUACUAUUUGUUUCUGAGAGAACUGUUAUAGGUGUGGGAUUCGACUGUAACCCAAUGGUUUUUGCUGCUGAUGAAAGAGGAAUUUGGAGUUUUAUCAGAUAUCUUGGGGAACGAAAAACAGCAUCUUCUCCAUCAAGAUAUGGUUCACAGUUUUCUGAAGCAUUUGGGAAGUUCUAUGGCCAAUCCAAGCAUGGAGUGAGCAAUGAUACAGUUGAUACUUCAAGAACACGUGGAGCUGUUCAUGAAAACUGUAUAAAUUCUAUCAUUCCUCUUGGGGAGCAUGGGGCAUUGACAAGGCGUUUCAGCACAUCAGGAUUGGAUGGAAGAAUUGUUUUAUGGGAUUUGGAAAAUGAGCAAGACAUAUUGGAAUUAUAAGCUCAUGAGUAGAUUGUCUACUCUUCGUGGUAAAGUCUCUGAAGGUGAUUGUGGCAUGCAGCAUAUUAUACCUUGUAGAUUAAUUUGGUUUUGGUUGUGAGAAUCAUUGUGAACAAGGGCUGAAAGUGUCUGAUAUUAGCCCCUAGAAUAUGUUUAUAAAAUAUGCCUGUAUGAUAAUAACGCAUUUUCCUUUUAUAUAUUUUGUCUGUUCUGUUC